AUGCACCGUCACCCGCCGUCGACCUACGGGGACGAGCCCCCGGCGUACAUUGACGAGACCUCGUCCUUCCUUGACGAUGCUUCUCCCUCUCGACAGAACGGCUCGACCAUGCGCCUGUUACCUACGAGCAGUGAAGACUAUACUGAUCUGGGCGGUAGCCCGACCUCGUCUCACUACCAACCAGAAUACCCUGAUGCAAGCCCAACAAGACAAGAAGCUGGCUACGAUGCUCGAUUCUACCAAGUUCCCAGCGCGAUCUCGCCGUCUCGUCCAUCUUCGAGCUUAGGAACGGCACCAAACAUCCCACCUCCUACGGCGAGCUUGGCAGAUACUUCUGUUUACCCGUCCAUUCCCCCAAGAACCGGCUCACCAACUCGCCCAUGGAGUCCUGGACAUGUUCGCCCACCGUCUGUCUCUAGCGUUGGCUACGAAAGACCUGAUAUCAAUGGAAGCCCGCGACCUGGGCCUGCUCCAUCAUCAAUGGCGGAAUCUAGCAUCGAUAUCGGAGAUGGUGCUAGUGGAGACGAUCCGUUUGUCAGUGGCCCUCGCUCCGUCCAUCACACUUCGCGUAGCAGCGUUCGAUCUUUCAUGAGCGAAACCUCAACCGUCAUGGGCGAUGAGAAAGAUGAGAUGGAAAAGGUCUACCUGGAAGAUGAAGACGAAGCGGGCAACAUGGUGGACCCGAAUCUUCACUACGGCCCAGCCCCCGACAAGCAGACUCGCCGCGGUGUUCGCCAAGCUCAGAUGGCCAAGAAAGAAGUUCAAUUGAUCAAUGGUGAACUUAUUCUGGAGUGCAAGAUUCCCACGAUCCUCCACAGUUUCCUUCCCCGCCGGGACGAGCGCGAGUUUACUCAUAUGCGAUACACUGCCGUGACCUCCGACCCCGAUGACUUUGGCGCCCGCGGCUAUAAGCUUCGCCAGCAGAUUGGCUCCACGACUCGCGAGACCGAACUCUUCAUUUGUGUUACCAUGUACAACGAAGAUGAAGUCGGCUUCACCCGUACCAUGCACGGUAUCAUGCGCAAUAUCAGCCACUUGACAUCGCGCACGAAGUCCCGUACAUGGGGUAAAGACGGAUGGAAGAAAAUUGUGGUCUGCAUCAUUGCUGACGGCCGUAAAAAGGUCCACCCUCGAACCCUGAACGCCCUUGCUGCUCUUGGUGUGUAUCAGGAGGGUAUUGCGAAGAACGUCGUCAACCAGAAAGAAGUCCAGGCCCACGUCUACGAGUACACCACUCAAGUCUCGUUAGAUGAUGACCUCAAAUUCAAGGGUGCGGAGAAGGGUAUUGUCCCUUGCCAAGUGAUCUUCUGUCUGAAGGAACACAAUAAGAAGAAGUUGAACUCCCACCGAUGGUUCUUCAAUGCCUUCGGUCGAGCCCUACAGCCUAACAUCUGUGUUCUUCUUGAUGUCGGUACCAAGCCUGAUCCUACUGCCUUGUACCAUUUGUGGAAAGCCUUCGACCAGGACUCCAAUGUGGCUGGUGCUGCCGGUGAAAUCAAGGCUGCGAAAGGUAAAAGCUGGAUGGGGCUGCUCAAUCCUCUCGUCGCAUCUCAAAACUUCGAGUACAAGAUGUCCAACAUCCUGGACAAGCCGCUCGAGUCUGUAUUUGGUUACAUUACUGUGUUGCCUGGUGCUUUAAGUGCCUACCGAUUCUUCGCCUUGCAGAACGACGCUGAUGGCAAUGGUCCCUUGAACCAGUAUUUCAAGGGUGAGACUCUUCACGGUCAAGAUGCCGAUGUGUUCACUGCCAACAUGUACCUCGCUGAAGACCGUAUUCUUUGCUGGGAGCUCGUGGCAAAACGUGAAGAGAGGUGGGUGCUGAAGUUUGUCAAGAGUGCUGUGGGUGAGACUGACGUGCCUGAUGCCAUUCCCGAAUUCAUCUCGCAACGUCGUCGUUGGCUCAACGGUGCAUUCUUCGCGGCAGUCUACUCCAACUUUAAUGCUGCACAGAUCUGGAAGACCGACCAUACGAUCGGCCGAAAGAUCCUGCUUAACAUUGAGUUUGUGUACCAAUUCUUCAACCUUUUGUUCACCUACUUCGGACUUGCGAACUUUUACUUGGCUUUCUACUUCAUUGCUGGCUCAUUGACGGACGACAAGAUCGAUCCAUUUGGCCAUCACAUGGGCAAAUACAUCUUCAUUGUACUCCGAUAUGCUUGUAUCGUGGUUAUGUGCCUGCAGUUUAUCAUCUCCCUCGGGAACCGACCGCAAGGUGCCAAGAACCUUUACCUCACUGGUAUCAUUGUCUACAGUGUCAUUAUGGCCUACACCAUCUUUUGUACCCUCUAUCUGGUGGUUAUGGAGAUGAUGUCGCGCUUCGGACACGGGAAGAGCGAGAUGCACGUAAGCGACACCUUGUUGAUCAACAUUGUGAUUUCCAUGUUGUCAACAGUCGGCUUGUACUUCUACAUCUCCAUUCUCUACCUCGACCCGUGGCACAUGAUCACAUCGUCGCUGCAAUAUUUUCUCCUCAUGCCGAGUUACAUCUGCACAUUGCAAGUUUAUGCUUUCUGUAACACUCACGAUGUUACCUGGGGUACGAAGGGCGACAACUCCAUCAAUACCGAUCUGGGAACUGCAAAGGUGAUCAACGGAUCUACCGUUCUGAUCGACAUGCCGUCUGAGCAGCUGGACAUCGAUAGUGGAUACGACGCCGCGCUCCGCAACCUCCGCGACCGCCUCGAAGUUCCCACUCCACCUCCCAGCGAGUCUCAAAUGCAGGAAGACUACUACAAAGCCGUGCGAACCUACAUGGUGUCUAUCUGGAUGGUGGCAAACCUUAUUCUGGCCAUGGCCGUCUCUGAAGUCUACGGGGUUGAUCAUGGUGGCACAAACAUCUACCUCCUGAUCAUCCUGUGGUCCGUCGCUGGUCUCGCUAUCAUCCGCGCAGUUGGUUCCACCGCCUACGCCAUCUUGCAUCUUCUGCACAAGAUUGUCGAAACAAAAACCAAGUUCGAUGCAGGCAACCUCACCAACUUCGCUCCCAGCUCCUAUGGUGGAAGUAGCCUCGGCACAAGCUCUGAGAACGGCUCUUCACGGCCCAUCCGCUAUAAUGGUGGCCCUAGCAUGAAGGACCGGGUCAAUGAGGCGCGGUGGGCUGUCGGGCGGACCUUGGGGAAGGCCAUGUUCUGGCGGAAGUAG